AUGUCGUCUUCGUCAUCCAACGUAGUGGGUGUCCACUACAGAGUGGGAAAGAAGAUUGGUGAAGGCUCGUUUGGUGUCAUCUUCGAGGGAACGAAUCUCCUGAAUAACCAGCAGGUGGCUAUCAAAUUUGAACCUAGGAAAAGCGAUGCACCACAACUCCGGGAUGAAUAUCGGACGUAUAAGAUCCUGGUCGGAUGCCCUGGCAUCCCCAACGUUUAUUACUUCGGCCAGGAAGGUUUACACAACAUCCUGGUAAUCGACCUCCUGGGUCCCAGUCUCGAGGAUCUAUUCGACCAUUGCAAUCGGCGAUUUUCUGUGAAGACUGUGGUCAUGGUAGCCAAGCAGAUGCUCUCGCGAGUCCAAACGAUCCACGAAAAGAACAUGAUCUACCGUGACAUUAAGCCGGAUAACUUCCUUAUCGGUCGCCCGAACAGCAAGGCUGCAAAUGUCAUCCAUGUCGUCGACUUCGGCAUGGCCAAGCAGUAUAGAGAUCCCAAAACAAAGCAACAUAUCCCCUAUCGCGAACGCAAGUCGCUGUCCGGCACAGCACGUUACAUGAGUAUCAAUACCCAUCUGGGCCGUGAGCAAUCGCGGCGUGACGACUUGGAGGCUCUGGGCCAUGUUUUCCUCUACUUUCUGCGCGGCGGUCUUCCAUGGCAGGGUCUGAAGGCCGCGACCAACAAGCAAAAAUAUGAGAAGAUCGGCGAGAAGAAGCAAACCACCGCCAUCAAAGAUCUCUGUGAAGGAUACCCAGAAGAAUUCACAAAGUACCUGACUUACGUCCGCAACCUUGGUUUCGAAGACACCCCGGAUUACGACUACCUGAGGGAUCUGUUGUCGCAGGCUCUUAAGAACGCCGGGGAGGUCGAAGAUGGCGAAUAUGAUUGGAUGAAGCUCAACAACGGCCGUGGGUGGGAAUACAAGUCGUAUUCGUCCCAACAACACCUGCAGCAGAACCUUCCCAAUACGUCUGGUCGAGACCUCCACGCACAACAGUAUCGUGCAAGUCAGCGACCUGGCGUGACGGCAGACCGUUUAAACGCCGCGCAGCCCCCGCCCCCAUCUCCGGCCAAACCCGGAGCUGGGAAGACGCGCGAGCGACCAAGCGCCUCAAGCGGCAUGCCGCCGAAACGCCAAAGCGCGGGGAUGGACACUACAGCACCAACAGCGUCGACUCAAGCGCAGUUCCAGAACUCAAACCCCAACAUCCCGGGCCGGAUGGGCAGCCCGGCUAAUCAACCCAUGAGCCCUCAACCGGCACAAGGUACUCAGGCAAAGAGUGAGCCGCAGCCCACUUUCGUGCAGAAAGUGAUGAAAGCAUUAUGCUGCGGUAGGUGA